GGUGCCCCACCAAAAAUGCCCAACGACUCUCACAGUAUAAGAAAAAAAAAUCAGAAACCCAAAAGUUUUAAACCAACCAACCAUUGUGUUGUAGCGCUGGCGCCGGGAUCAGAGCAGACCUUGCACUAUGACCUUGCGCGCCACAGCCUCGCGCUGUCGACGAGCACGGGCCGCCUGGAGGUGGUCAACGUGGAGACGCGGGGCGCCCUCCUCGCUCCCUCGUUUGUCCCAGUCCUGGUGCAGGCCAAGGGCUUCAUCCCCUUCGGCGUCAAGGAGGCCAUCAAGGACCUGGUCCACCUGUCGUCCGUGUCACUUCAGGUGGCCAGUACCCAGAGCCGCACCCCCCUCCUUGUCACGGCCGUCCAGAGCUCGCCGGCCCGCGGCACCCUCCUCGACGCGGUCUAUCAGGCCGCCGAGCAGCAGCUGCCCGAUUUGAACGUCCAAGUCGCGUUCAGUGGAUCCAGGGACAGCGCGGCGCUGCUGGUCAGCACUUCGUCCAACCUGGACCAAGCCCUGACGGCGGUGCGUCGCCAGCGGGGCCUCCUGCUCGCCGAGGUGCCGGCCGGGUUCAAGUUGCCGCCCGAGGUCCGCGAGCUGCUGGCCUACGAGCAGGGCCGUGCGCGCUACGCGCUGCUCAAGCACGUCGUGGACGUGGACCAAGCGAGCGAGGUGUUGCACGUCAUGGAGGACAGCGACGUGCCGGUGGAACGCCUGGCUCUGUGCCAGGGUGCCGUCGUGUACAUGGUGUUCCGAGGUGUGCCGGCGCAGCGCGUCCCCGGCGUUGUCAAGAUCGUACAGGCUGCGCCGGGCGGCAACCGUGCACACUGCGUCUUCCUCCAGGACUCGAAGGCGCCUCCUUUCCGCCCGGACGCCGCCCCCUACGCCGCGCAGCUCGGCCUGGGCUUGCGCGUCAAUGUGCUGCAGGCGGGCCGCUGGGGUGGCGUGUUCCGGCUGCACGUGGCCAGCCUCACCACCGGCAACUGCGAGCGCCUGAGCCGCACCCGCCAGAUGCACAUGGACGGCAUGCAGCUGCAGUACCUGGGCGUCAACCCUUACAGCGACGAGGCGGAGGACGCGCGCACGGCAGUGGGGCUGCUGGACUACGCGGCGCGGGCCGCGGACGGCCAGCGCGUCAUGGGGGUGUGCUUCCCGAGCGCGGGGCCUCUGCUGCCCGACGCCAUCCUGGCCUGGCCCGUGCCACAGGGGUGGUCCGACGAGGACGCUGGCACGGUGCCGCUCGCCUACUCGACGGCGCUGUACAUCAACGAGCUGCUGCAGCCGCGCGCGGGUGAGCGGGCGCUGGUCGUUGGCGGCGGCACGGCGGUCGGCCAGGCGGCCAUCACCCUGCUGCUGGCCAAGGGCUGUCACGUGGUCACCUCGGUGCGUGACGAGCGGGAGCGGGCCGACCUGCGCGCGCGCCUGCCGCACCCCCAGCUGGAGGUGCUCCUGGGCACCGCGGAGAGGUACUGCCGCGACUUGAGGGCCAGCUUGAACACCUCCCAGUGUAUUGACGUGGCGCUGGUCCAGGGGGGACCCAAUGAGCUACAGACCGUCAUGUUAAUCCUUAAGAAGUACGGCAGGACUGUCCAUGUCGGCGGGGACCACGCCCUUAUGGGUAGAAAACUAGGAAUGCAACCGUUCAUUCAUAGCACCUCCCUGUACUCGGUGGCGUGGAAUUGGCCUCUGACGGUUCGGCCGGAAACCAAGACGCGCGUGAGGGACGCCAUGUUCACGGCGAUCCAGCAAGGGGCGGUGCGCCCCCUGCCUCGCUACACGGCGCCGAUCCAGGCGCUGGCAGAAUCUCAGAGGCGUGUCGCGGAGGGCGCGGGCAAGGUGCUGCUGUCCAUGAAGUCUGACUCGGCCGCGGCGACGUCCUUCCUCGACCCGUGCCGCAGCUGCCUGGUGCUGGGCAGCUCCGCGGCGCGGGCCGUCUCCGUGGCCGAGUGGCUGGUGUCGUCCGGGGCGCGCGACGUGAGCGUGUCGCUGGCGGGCCGCGCGGCCGGCAGCGCCUGGCUGGCGCGCCGCCUCUCCCUCCUGGCCUCGCACUACGGCGCGAGCGUGCGCGCGCUGCCCUCCCCGCCCGCCGACCUGACGCAGCUCGUGAAGGCCGCCAGCCAGGCCGCACCGCUGGGCCUGGUCGUGGUGCUGGAGCAGCAGUCCGGGCGCCUCCGCGCGCUGGACGCCGCCACUCGCGACCCUGGCUGCACGCUGGCCGUCCUGGUCACGCAGGGAUCUCUGGAGCUGGACGACGCCGUGCGCUGCCGCCGAGAGCAGGGCUACCCUGCUGUGCUGGCAUCGCUCGGCGACCUACCCGUCGACAUACGCCUCAUGUCGCUUCAGCAGAUCCUCCGGACGGCCAACCAGCCGGGCAUGCACGCCGUGGACGUGCUGCAGAUCCUGCCGGACCAGGUCGACACUUCGGACUGCACCAACUCGGCGCUGUCCAGCUUGCUGCCGAACUCGUUGGAGGCGCUGCGCCGGCUGGGCUUGUCGCUCACGGACAGCGUGACCCAGCGCGUCCUGCCGACGCUCAUGGGCGGGCCCGUCAGCCGCCGCAACAAGGAGGUGCCGCCCGUGUUCAUGGUGGCCGGGCUGAGCGACUCGCCUCAGCGCGAGCUGGCGCCCACCGCCCGCCACCUGGUGGCGACCGCCGUGGUGCUCACGCCCCCCGACAGCGCCGCCAGCGUGGAGGAGGCGGCCGCCGCCAUCAGGGACGCCGUCGUGCGGGUGCAGUCUCACGGCCCGUACACCUUGGCCGGUCGCGGCUGGGGCGGCUGCGUGGCGCUCGAGGCCGCCAGAAUGCUGACCGAGAGCCAGGGCUGCUACGCGUCCGUCUUCCUGGUCGACGCCUCGCCCGACGCGCUCCAGGCCGCCGUGAAGCCUCUCCUGAACCACCCCAACGGGCUGCACUCCGCGCUGCUGAAGUACCUGCUCAAGCUUGACCGAGAGACGGAGGACCAGAUCUACCGCACGCCGAGCUGGGGCGCGCAGUUGCGCCUGGCGCUCGCGAACCUUGGACUCGACGGCGACGUGGCUCUGGAGGCCGCGUUGAGCUGCGUGCUGCGGCGCGUGCAGGCUCUCUGCCAGUACCGGCCGGUGGUUCUCGGGGACAAGCUGACCGUCACCUUGGUCAGCAGCAACAACUACCAUCUGGAGUCCACCACUAUCGGCGAGCUAACGUCCUCGCUGCGCUCGCAGUCCCUCACCGCGGACGACGACGACGACGACAACGACAACCUCCACAGGCAGUGCGCCACUGCAAUCAGCGCAGGCGUCCACGUCGGACGCUCCCACAUGAAGGAGCGAAAGGCGCUCGCCAGUCUCGUUGUCAACUUUUAGUCCUUAAGUGUACGACAAUAAAAUUAUUUAGGUAUUAA